UGCACUGCGGUAAUAUGGCUCUUCCCUAGCCAGCGGCGGCAGCCAGCGCGGGGGACUGAGCAGUCUUCCCUCUUGGGUGGCGGGUUUGUAGGUAGCAGGGGCUCGGCGGGUCGUGGCGACAAGGCGGCGGCGGAUGCGGGAGGAGCGUCCGCCCCGCCGCUUGGCGGCCGCUGGGUCGAGAUGAGCGCCUCAGCGUCGGUCGGGGGCCCGGUCCCGCCGCCGCCCCCGGGCCCGGCCGCUGCGCUGCCGCCCGGUUCUGCCGCGCGGGCCCUACAUGUGGAGCUGCCAUCUCAGCAGCGGCGUCUUCGGCAUCUUCGAAACAUUGCUGCCCGGAACAUUGUUAAUAGAAAUGGCCAUCAACUCCUGGAUACCUACUUCACACUUCACUUGUGUAAUACCGAAAAAAUAUAUAAAGAAUUUUAUAGAAGUGAAGUGAUUAAGAAUUCCUUGAAUCCAACAUGGCGAAGUCUAGAUUUUGGACUAAUGCCAGACCGUCUUGAUACAUCUGUGUCUUGCUUUGUGGUAAAGAUAUGGGGUGGAAAGGAGGACAUCUACCAGCUGUUGAUUGAAUGGAAAGUCUGUUUGGAUGGACUCAAGUACUUGGGUCAGCAGAUUCAUGCCCGCAACCAAAAUGAAAUAAUUUUUGGACUAAACGAUGGCUACUAUGGUGCUCCAUUUGAACAUAAGGGUUAUUCAAAUGCUCAGAAGAAUAUUCUUCUUCAGGUGGAUCAGAACUGUGUUCGCAAUUCUUAUGAUGUCUUCUCUUUGUUACGACUUCAUAGAGCUCAGUGUGCAAUUAAACAGACUCAGGUAACUGUUCAGAAAAUUGGAAAGGAAAUUGAAGAAAAACUAAGACUCACAUCUACAAGCAAUGAGCUGAAAAAAGAAAGUGAAUGCCUGCAAUUAAAAAUUUUGGUGCUUCGAAAUGAACUGGAAAGACAGAAGAAAGCCUUGGGACGGGAAGUAGCAUUACUGCAUAAGCAACAAAUUGCAUUACAGGACAAAGGAAGCGCAUUUUCAACUGAGCACCUCAAGCUUCAGCUCCAGAAGGAAUCCCUAAAUGAGUUGAGGAAGGAGUGCACGGCAAAAAGAGAACUCUUUCUGAAGACUAAUGCUCAGUUGACAAUUCGUUGUAGGCAGUUACUCUCUGAGCUUUCCUACAUUUACCCUAUUGAUUUGAAUGAGCAUAAGGAUUAUUUUGUAUGUGGUGUCAAGUUACCUAAUUCUGAGGACUUCCAAGCAAAAGAUGAUGGAAGCAUUGCUGUUGCCCUUGGUUACACUGCACAUUUGGUCUCCAUGAUUUCCUUUUUCCUACAAGUGCCCCUCAGAUACCCUAUAAUUCAUAAGGGGUCUAGAUCAACAAUCAAAGAUAAUAUCAAUGACAAGCUGACUGAAAAGGAGAGAGAGUUUCCACUGUAUCCAAAAGGAGGAGAGAAGUUACAGUUUGAUUAUGGUGUCUAUCUUCUGAACAAAAAUAUAGCACAGCUAAGAUAUCAACAUGGACUAGGGACCCCAGACUUGAGGCAAACCCUUCCUAACCUGAAAAACUUCAUGGAGCAUGGAUUAAUGGUCAGGUGUGACAGACAUCACACCUCCAGUGCAAUCCCUGUUCCAAAGAGACAAAGCUCCAUAUUUGGGGGUGCAGAUGUAGGCUUCUCUGGGGGAAUCCCUUCACCAGACAAAGGACAUCGAAAACGGGCCAACUCAGAGAAUGAGAGACUCCAGUACAAAACCCCUCCACCCAGUUACAACUCAGCAUUAGCACAGCCUGUGACCAUGAUCUCUUCUGUGGGAGAGUCUGAGAGAAAGACAGCGUCUCUGUCAUCCUCCUUGGACACCUCCUUGGGCUUCUCCAAAGAAAACCAGAAAAAAGGAAUAAAUUUGGGUGACAGCUUAAAAGGAAGCCAUGCAAGUGUAACCACUAGCCAAGAACAAGGAGAAGCCACCUCUGGGCGUCCCACCACAGUAAAUGGCACUCUGCUGCCCAGUGAGGCUGGCUCUGGGGGUGUCCAGCUUCCAGGUGAGUUCCACCCAGCCUCAGGAGCUGAGCUCUGCUGUACCGUGGAGCAGGCAGAAGAAAUCAUUGGGCUGGAAGCCACAGGUUUCACCUCAGGCGAUCAGCUAGAGGCAUUUAACUGCAUCCCAGUGGACAGUGCUGUGGCAGUGGAAUGCGACGAACAAGUUCUCGGAGAGUUUGAGGAGUUCUCCCGCAGGAUCUAUGCACUCAAUGAAAAUGUAUCCAGCUUCCGCCGGCCUCGCAGGAGUUCUGAUAAGUGAAGUGAGCAGGUGGUAGGGCAGUAGGACCAGGGCAGCAUCACUGCCCAAAAUGAGGGUAAAGCUGCACUUACCCUUUUUAAUAAUUAUGACACAAAGCAAAUAUUAAUGGAGGAUAUUCCUCAGAAAAACAAACUUUGGGACUAGAGGAGGGACUCAGGAUCAUUGUGUAUCAGUGGGCCAGAUGAAGUUAGAUUUUGCUUUCAGGAUUUGCUUUUUAGCCCUGAUGAUUGUUUUAAGGCAAAAGUCACCCUCUAGUUGAACGAGCUUAUAGCUCGAGUCACCUUAUAGGCAUUUGUCUGCUUUUUAUUUACAAGUCUAUGUUAUCCUCAGAGGGAAGAUGAUAAUAUAUAAAUAAUAUAAUGAACUCACCUUUAGUUUCUCAUAAGCCUUUGCCCUCACCAUAGUUUAUAAAACUUUGGGAAAAUGGAAUAUUCAGAAAUAGCUUCCUACCAUUUACUGAAGGAUUUGUGGCCAUCUCUUAGGUUGGUGAAUGAGAAGUAUAGUGGUCUCCUUAUUCCCAGGCCCCUCUGCCCAUGCCCUGCCCCCAGGCACCACACUCAACCUGUAGACUCCCGGAUUGCCCCAUCUUCACAGUGGAUGGCCCUGCAGCCUGUACACAGGUCACAUUCACUGGUCUAAAACCCAGUAGUCUUGAUGUUCCAUCUUUUCUAGUGACUCAUGACCUUUCACCUCCUUUGCCAUACCUUUGACUAACUUUCAAAUUAGAUGAAAAACUUGCCUCUGGGGGAUUCCAGGGGAUCCUGAAGGACCCCAAGAUUACUGCAGUCAGAUGGCAUCCAGUUCUUUUGGGUGGGGUGGGCAAAGUUUUUAUGUGGGCAGAUACUGUGAUUAAAAACUAGGCGGGCUUUCUGGCAAUCCCUAUAUGUAAAUCCCAUGUUAAUUUAUUAAAUUUCAAUCAGAAGAAAGACUUUGUAUAUGACAAAAUAUAUGUAGAGGGUCAGGCUGUCCAAUAUACAAACUGCAAAGCAGUUGACAUAGUUGGAUUAAGAGAUUAGAGAUGCAUAGAAUAUUAUUGGUAUGUGUGCAAUUUCAUAAAUAUAAAUUAUGUUUUUGCAGUCCAAUUGUCAUUCCUGCAUUCAAAUUUCAUUUGCCAUUGCUUUAUACAUUAUGUACCCAAGGACACUGCCUCAGGGUUGCAAGCUCUUUAAGGAAAAUUUAUCCAUAUAUCCGUGUAUUGUAUAGAAGAAUAAAAAUUGAACUUACUUCACCCGACCUGAUUUUUUUUUUCCCAAGCUUUGAAAUUCCUCUUAAACAUUCGUCUCCUUAUAUUACAUCAUGACAGGGCUAGCCUCAACAAGAGCCAUGGCUGUCUCUAAGCUGACACUGUUGAUGACUCCAUCUGAGUUUACAUCUUGUGUGUGGCAACACACAUACUUCACAGGUGUACUUCGCAGUAGCUUCAUUUGUCCUGCAUAGCAGCUUAACUCAUAGAUCUCAUCAUUUUCAUGCUAUGUCCAAGCAUUCCUGGGCCUGGUUUUAAUUGAUGGCUACAUUGUUAAAUGAACUGCUUCAUGCUGGUAUUUUCCACUUAGAGAGCUCACAGAAUUAACUGUAUAGCGGUCAGAUCCAACUCUCCUGCAGUUGGAAGCUUUAGUUUGAUUAAGAAAGCCCAUCUUAUCCCACAUGAAGAGUGAGAGCUACUUCAGACCUGGAACAGAGGCCAUCUGAGCAGGCAUUUCUUUGCAGUGUGCUGUCAUUCAUGUUAAGAGUAAAAGAGUGUGAAGAGAGGCACUAUCUUGGAUAUACGCGUCAUGCUGUGGAGUCCUCCCAUGAAGUAACAUCUGCUAAAGGAAAAGGUGUUUGGAGAUCAGUUUUAGUAUUGAAGAGGGGAAGGUGAAUCACAUGUGAUUUAUAAUUUCUGCAGACAUGGGGGUGCUAACCUCAAACUAGAUGCAUUCAGUCACAGCCCCUCUGGCACCACCACGCAGUAGGGCCACAUGCAGAGCCUCAGGACUACAGUGUUCAUCUCAGAUUUCACACAACCAGAUAGAGCCCGGAGCUCUGGGGUUCCCUCCAUCAUCUCCACUUUGUAGACACGGCAGCAUGGAGCCCUGCCCUUGACUAUGAUCAGAUUGCACAGAACUGAUCUAAUAGUUGCCUAUACUUUCGCAUGAUCCAUGCUGUCCACUGGUGUGUGCAUCGAAACGCAAACUUAGGUUUGGAUAUGUUUAUUUGGGGCUUAGGGUUUUCAUUUGAGGUUGUUUAAUGUCUACAGCUUCUACCAUGACCUGGGUAGAACCUACAGUAUUAUUGUCUCCUAGAAUAACCAUUCAGUAUUUUCCAAAGCUGCAGAAUUCAUUUCGCUUCUGUUUAAAGUAUCUGAGGCCAAAAGACAAGAUGAUCUAUCUCCUACUAAUCUUUUUAAGUAGUCUGGUAAAUCAUUAAAAAAGAUAGAAUUUGCUUGGAAGAGAUAAAUUGAAAUGGAAACUUAUUAUUAUUCAUUUCUGAACUGCUGAGAACCCCUUUGGUUUUCAUAUGGCUAAGAUGCUUUUAACAGCCAGCAAAUGUUAUCAAAUGAAUAUUCGAUUGUGUUUUCUCUUUCCACUUCCCUUAACCACUUUAGAAAUUCCACAGAUUUUUUUUCCCUCAGAAUAUUAGUUUUGGAAGAUUGUACUCAGCUAUAUUUUUUUAGCAGUUCUAAUGGUGUCCAUUUAUCCUGACCUAACUGGUUAUUUAAAUAAUUUUUUAAACCACCACCAAUAAUAAAUGGCAUGUGAAACUAAUCUGUUGGUAAUUGGAAGAAAACUUAGCAUCUGUAUUUAUAAAAUAAAAUUGAUUAGUAUUUAUUUUGAGAGUUAAAAGUGUAUGUUAUUUUCCUGCUAUGUUUGAGUCCUGUCUUCAUUGUUUUGAAUUUCAUAUUGAAACUGGGUUAACUCUGAAAAUCUUGUUCUUAAACAGUCAAUCAACCAUUCAGCAUUUAUUGAGUACACCGUGUGUGUAUGUGUGUAUGUGUGUGUAUGUGUGUAUGCAUACACACACGCACAUGGGACUGGGCUAAACAAAAUUAAUAUACAAAUUAAGAAGCCUUGACCUCUACCACAUUCUCUGGUGUUGGGCACAGGUAUAUUAGCAAUUAAUUAUAACUCAAUGUGAUAAAUUCUGUGAUGGAGCUAUAGAACCAGGCUAUGGAAUACAGAGAAAACUUAAUUCUGACUAAGAAAAAGGAGUGAUUCGUGGAAUUAUGUGGAUGAAAGAUGUAUAAAAGCUUGCAUUAUAGAUGGGAGAAACCAAAUGGGCAAAGUUCCCAGAGGCAAGGCAGGACCUUGUGUGUGUAUUUGGCAAACAGCAGGAGUUUGC